UAAACAUUGUCUUAAUAAAUAUUCUUAUUUUAUUACCUUUUUAAGUCGAAUCUUGAAUCAUGACAACAAGAGUGAAAUCAAAAAGCAUAUGAAUUAAAAUAGAGCAGGUGUUCUGUUUCUCCAAACAAGUUGAGCACAAUUAAUUCAAACUGCAUCAAACGCAAGAAAUUGGCAUAAACGAACAUUUGUGAGAUGGAACAGAUAGAAGAACGGGGGGGAGUAGAUAGAACUGUACGGGGGUGAGUAUUGUCAAAAGGUCUCAAAAGCAGUAAAUGUCGAGCGUCACACUCGAAUGCCUUCGGGAUGUCUAGUGCACUUCUCGUCCCGUUAGCUACAAAACCAACGGACCACAUGAGUCGGGGAAGACUUUCUUCCUUCAGAAUCAAUUGGAGAGUAAUUAUUGGAAUUUUUUUGGCCUUUGCGGUAGUUUUAGUGUACUAUUUAUCAACGCCGAGCGCAAUGGAGCAUCGUGGGUACCUCGAAUGGGAAGGAAAAGACAAUGGAAUAUUUUAUCGCGAAGAUGUUCCCGCGAACGGCGGACGUUUCACUGUGUUGUUUCUACACGGACAGAAGUUUUCUUCGCAAACGUGGGAUGAUCUUGGCACUUUAAAGUUCCUAGCCGCGCAUGAUUACAGAGUAGUGGCUGUUGAUUUGCCUGGUUAUGUGAAAUCUAAAGAUGCCGAACAACCAAGAACCUCUGAAGAACGAAGUGCGUUCCUAAAAAAGUUUAUGGAGAAACUGAAAAUUGAUCGACCUGUUCUGGUUUCACCCUCAAUGAGCGGAUCAUAUGCACUACCGUUUAUUUUCGAAGGUGAUCAAGGGAAGCAUUUGCGAGGAUAUGUUCCUGUCGCCCCAGUUGGCACCGAUAAAUUUGAAGAAUCGGACUAUAAGGAACUUCAACUACCCACUCUUGUUAUUUAUGGCGAAAACGACUCAGCUCUCGGAGUUUCGUCCUUGCGAAGACUCAGAAACAUUCCAAAUAGUGUCGUUCACAUGAUGAAAAGCGCGGGACACGCUUGCUAUUUUGCAAAUCCGGAAGAAUUCCAUGAAAAAAUCCUUACUUUCCUGAGAAGGUUGUAAAUGUAACCUCCACUAAGACGGAUUCCCUCCCCCGUUACUUUGUUGGAGGCAAUUUAUAUUGGGGGGGGAAGGAACAUCAUCUAACGGACCGAAAAAUCACCUAUAGGACCCAGAGCCUGUUUCACAUGUAUGACACAGAUUCAAGAGCAGAUUAGGAUGUAAAGGUGAGAAAAUACAUGUGUGAGCUAUAGUAAUGCAAAUGCUUUCACAAGCACAAGCCUGGAUGCAGGAAGUGGAAAAAAUUUCAUUCUCUUGUUAAUGCAUUUGCACUUGCUUAUGCAUUGUACUUGUGUAAACUGGGACAUGAAAAUGCAAGGUAAAAGAAGACACAGGUUCCAUGCCAUCACAGCUAGUUACCUUAAAAGCAAGAUGACGGCUUUCAUUUCAGACAAGAAGUUGACAGAGAGAGCGGUCAGGUUCAAAGUAUCCUGUACUGUAUGUCAAAUGUUGCACCAAUUUCAAAGACAAACUCGAAAGAGGUCUUGCAUUGACUGAAUUUGCGAAAGAAUUGGGACUAUGGAAGAAAAUCUUGACCUAACCCACAUGCUCCCAGCUCUUCUAGACAUGACUGUGUUUUGCACUUCUCUUAAACAGUCUGUGUGCAAAAAGCAGGAAAAGUAAACUUUUUGCAGCCAAGGCUACAACCUUGUCUGCUAAAACACUUCUGCUACAGCUUGGUAUCUUACCUUCCUUGCACUUGUGUUUGAUGUGUGGUCAUGCACUUGCAUUUGUGUCAUAUGUGAACUAGGCUUUGGAAUUUUACAGGUAUUUUUUAGGAUAAAAAUAGCAUUUUGCACUUUGAAAAAAUCUAGGGUAGGCAAACCUAUCUCUACAAACACCUCUCUGAUUUGGAUACCUCUGUUACUAAAAGUUCUCUAUACCAUAAGGGAAUUCUUAAAUAUACCUGGGUAUUUUUUUUUGAAAAAUCUUUCUAAAACAGACUCUCUCUUACAUGAACAGUGGACCUGAAAUCUUAACCCAGCAAACAAAUAU